CUUUUCAGGCCGAAACCCGAUCUGCCCCGUGAGCUGAACGACUUUCUCACCGACGUGCAGGAACAUCAGCGCGACUUUGCCUUCAUCAGGAAUGCGGCCCGCAACCAGCACAAGUACGAAAAGAGCUUCGAGGAGAGCCACGAUCUGCUGGGCGAAGACAUCGGCAACCAGCUGACCAUCAAUCCGGACUACAACCGGAAAGUCGAGCUGGAUCAAGUGCGUCCGCCCUAUGCAGGAGUCGAUAACAGCAUUUACGCCGGCUUCGAAGCGCCCCAGAAGUUCAAGUAUUUGUACCCUGAGAAGCGGUACAGCAAGUUCGUCCGCAGCCCCAUUCGGCUGAGACGAGAGCUGGAGGACAGUUUCUUAACCGGCCCGGUCCAGGCCGAUUCCAAUGGCGAUUAUGGGAGCGUUCAACGGCCCGAACCCAAGCUACCAGCCAAUCAGCUGAGGGCCGACCAGAACCGGUACCACACGGGGUUCCUGGUGGGCGUGGAAGACCGGAGCGAUCAGAAGGAUCAUCCGGACGCGCAGCGCAAGCGGGAAGUGGAGAUCAGCAUCAAAAGCGACGGCAAACUGAUAAAGCGCAUAGAAGAAACGGAGGAUGCGCCCAAGACCAUCCUACUCAACAUUAAGGCCAGCAACCCGAGCAACUUGAACCAGGCCGAGGCCAGUCUGCAGCCAACCAGUUCAUCGGAAGCUGCCCCCACACAGGAGAAGUUGGGGACUAACAGCGACUCGAUCCCCAGCCCCAACCAGAACAAAGACAUCGGAGUUCCGAUAAACGCGAUUCCUGCAGUCAACGGCCUCAACGCGCACAGCAAAGCCAUCGCGUCCGCCUCUUUGCUGUCCAAGGAGGACGCCAACAGGAUUUCCAACUCCCCAGUCGUCAGUGAGCCGGAAAAGGAGCCCCUGAACCUGCCCGAAGUGGAAAAAGCUGAGGACUUCAAGACGAAGUUCGAGCCGUAUGGCAGAGCUGAUGGCUGGUCGGCCGACAAUCUCCACAUGGCGAAGAGCAUCGAUCUGGCGCAGGGCAACAUCAACGGCAACUUUGAAGCCCCCAAAGACAAGCCGAGUUUGGAUUUCGGCCUGAACGAUGAGAAGAAACAGGAGUUUGACAAGGUUCAGGGCCUGCUGGUGGACGCCAGCAGCAAUCCCAAGCCAAAGGAGAAGCGCAAACGGCGCUUUGAGGACGUGUGGGGGCCGCCUCAAAUGUACGAGGUGCACGAGCGAUCCACCAAAGAUAUUUUGGUGGUUCCCAUUGGCACGACCGAGUGUCCGAAGGCGCGCCAAGAGGAAGAAGCGGAGGAAAUUGGCGACGCCAUCGCCAAGCAGAUAAUCAAGGAGGAGGAGGAAGAGAACAAUGUAGGCGUUACACCGGCAGAAGAGGAAGACUUCGAAAUAGUGCGCCACCCUAAAGCCACAACCGAAUGCGUCGAUUGCCGCGAAACGCCCCCAGAAGAGGAAGUCAUCAUCCAUGAAAAUCAUCAUCGCGGCCGAAGACGGUCUGGACGCAAAAGAAGCCGCAAGCACCACAACCAUCACAGACCCGACGCAAAUCACAAAAAGAAAAAAGCGCACCAUCACCAGAAGAAACAGCGAACCGAAAGAGAGUCUUUGGGCGACUACUACGACGUUAACCUGCGCUAUGGCGGUCCGGAGGAUGCCUUUGACUACCUGCCGUCCUACAAGCGAAGAAGUCUAAAGUCUUGGGCGUAUGAGUUCGAUCCGCACCUCAUUCCCGACGUGGGCAAUAAAGAGGAGGAAGCUGCCCAGAGGAGCAACAAUGUCAGGACGCAAGGCGUUAAGAAGAAUGCGAGCAAUCGGAAAAAGUGCAAAUCCGAUGGCGACUACUCGGACGAAGAAGAUUCAAUGACAGUCAGCCCUCCAAAGCGCCUUCCCAUAAAAAAGACCCAAAAUCGACUGGCCUUCGACUCAGCCACGACAACUGAAGACAAUGACGACGACUAUGACUAUUCCGAUUUGACUGACAUAGAAGACGAAGACGAGGACAUCGCCUACGAAGAAGUCCGAGGCGAUAAUCUGGAGAUGGAGGACGCAGUGGAGAACAGCAGCAGAAACGAGCACGAGAACGAUAAAUUGAGGGAGAACCUCCAGAGGGAGUUGAAGCCUUUGCUGGCGCAGCUGGAAGCCUCCACAGCGGGCACGGAGCAAAGUGUCUCAUCGGGGGACGUCGGCGACAUGCUACUGGAAGCCCAUCGAGUUCUAGCAAACGCGCACGGCCAUGGAGCGUCCCGAAAGAAGUCGGACAAACGGCAACGGAAACCCAAUCACAUUGGUGAAGAAAGUGCCACGGCCAGAAAAAGACGCAAAAGACGACACUCGAAGCACCUGCACAAGCACCCCACUGGUAAAGAGGUCGAUGAAAAACGACUAAACUCCGCAGUGGCAAAGCGCAGCCCAGCUGCAGCACCUCUGCAAGAAAAGCCGUUGACCCCCGAGCAGAAGCAGGAGAUCUUCCUGCGAUACAAUCCAGAGUUCCAGCGUUGGCCCCGGUUCAUCCAGAACGACAACCAGUACCAGGCGUUAAUGAGAAAACGGGCUCUUGACAACCAACGACGUCACUUUAGGACUGUGAGGAAUGGCAACAAUUUCCCCAUCUCCAACGAGUAUUUUCUCGACAGUCGACCCGAGUUUGUUAAAAGGCAGGAACCGUCCACUGCUGAAGCCGAAGCUGCAGCGGCCAGUGAAAUCAGCACGGAAGCGGACGCGUCCUCUGAAACGGCCAGUGCAGCUGAAGCUGCAGAUGCCACCGCUCCGAGUGCUGCAGCUGAGGAGCUGUCCACUGCGGCGGCAGAUGCCGCUGCUGCUGCAUCUGCAACUAGUGCUGCAAUGGAAUCAGAAUCGACUUCAACAGCCAACCAGCUGCAGAUGGCAGUACAAGCGACAGCCACGCUGCCUGAAUCGGCGCGAAACAUCCUGCAGACCGCCAACUCGGAUAUUUUCGAGAACACCACAGUGCCGGGGAUCGGAGCUUUUGGGGAAACGAAUUUCUCCCCUGCUCAGACCGUCCAGCCUUCCACGGAGUUCCAGUUCACCACCAAAGUGGAGGAUUUGACCACAAAUACUCAAUGCGAAAAUGUGACUCAGAAGCGCGUAGAAUCCUGCGAUGAGGAGAGCGCCAAACACAGCCCCAGUCCCAUUACCAGUGUGCUUCCCCUGCUGCCCGAUGCUGCUUCAGAGAUGGCGCCCAAUAUGACCAAGGAUCAGUUUCUGGACCUGGACGAGAUCCUGGUGGGAGUUCUGCCCAGAACCAUAGUGGCGGAGUCCUUGGCCAAUGCGCAUGGGAGUGUAAGAAUGGGACUCAGAGCAGGCCGAUUCAACAUGAACAUGCUGCUUUCGGGGUUCAACAACAGCGCCGAGACCAGCUUGAUUUUGAGCGAAAUGACCAAUCUGCUGAAGAAACUGAAAUAUCGCUCCACCUGCCAGAUUUUGCCAGCCAAUUUGAAGACGUACGUGAAGAUUUUGACGAAAAACGAAAUGGACGAUCCGAUGAUGAAGCUGAAGGAAAUGAACGAAAUCGAUUUCGAUGAACACCAAAGCAACUAUGUGUUCCACACCGGGCAAAACGACAAUAUUCAGGAAAAAGCGGGCGUGCUGAAGGAACUGUUGAAUAAAUACGACAACCUGCCGGCCGAUUGUAAAGAACGAGCGGAACCGGUUAAGGAGUACAUUGAAACGCACUUGGCCAUGAUCGAGCGAAUGGGCGAAAAAGGCGAAACGAACGGGGCACCCGCCACUGGAGCCCCCACCAGCCCCCCGCUGGAGCCGAACUCGUCCAGCGUCAAGCCGAAGUCGAAGAAAGAAAUUGGUGCGUCACUGUCCGAGGACGCUGCAGAAGUAUUGGACGGGCAGCUGAUUGAGGAAGGGAUGGACAACCAAAAGGCGAACGCCAAUGAAAUGAUCGACGGCUUGCAGAGUGAGAAGAGCAAGCGGCAGGCCUUUGAUUUGAGGGAGAUCAGUACGUCCACUUCGCCCCAGUUUGGAAACUUGGCGCACGCGGUAAGGAACAUCCGGAACAGGCGAGAGGUGAUGAAGCGAAUCGGGCAAAUCUACGGCCAACGCGGAAGUCGAGCGCCUCCUAGAAGUGAGGAACGGGGCUUUGAGGCGCCACGACUGAUCGACUUUUAGGGCCCAUUCUACUUGUAAUUUUUACUCUACAUUAGCUUAUAUGUACAGGCUUAAAUGCGGAAAUACAUCAAUCGGAGCGAACACAAAGUGGAUAAUCUCUUUC